GGGUCGAAACUGAGUGAUUGCGUCGAUGAAUACUUCAUAUCAACGGCGGCAAUGAACAGUUCUUUGGUUGCUGUCCCAACACGAUAGCCCCUUGAGUGCUAUAAAUUCAGCCCCAGAUUACAGCUGCAUAUGCUACACGCAUUGUUAGUUUGCAUGCAAGCUUGAUCGAUCAGCUUCAGAGUUUGGAUCACCAAGAAGUUCAGAAUCCUCCCAAUUCGUUCUUCAUUUGCAGCAGUAAUUCAUUAUUCAUCCACCAACAUGUCUGCUAAUCCCAACCAGUCGUUCGACGAUUUCAACAAGCAAGCCUCCAGCAAUUUCAACUCCUUCCUAGCCAUCGUCGUCGUGCUUUCAGUGGUGAGCAUUGCUGGAUCAGUCGCCAUUGUUUACCUCGUGUACAGAUGUGUCAAGAAGAAUGGCCUCCCGGCCGUCAACAUCAACACCAACCCGACGGCGGCGGCGGCGAUGUACGCCGUGGUGCCCGACUCCCAGAUACGCGACGCCACCGUCGAGAGGUUUCUCAAAGAGAUCGCCGGCGAGAAGCCCAUCCGGUUCACGGCGCAGCAGCUGGCCGGAUUCACGAACAACUACUCGGCCCGGCUCGGCGCCGGCGGCUUCGGCACCGUGUACAAGGGCAUGCUCCCGAACGGCCUCACGGUCGCCGUGAAGCGCCUCCACGUCGGCGGCCAUGGCGACGGGUGGUCGACGUCGCAGGAGCAGUUCAUGGCGGAGGUGGGCAGCGUCGGGAGGAUUCACCACAUCAACCUCGUCAGGCUGUUCGGCUUCUGCUUCGACGCCGACGUGCGCGCGCUGGUGUACGAGUACAUGGACAACGGGGCGCUCGACGCCUACCUGUUCGACCGGAGCCGCGCCGUCGCCGUCGCGACGCGGCGCGCCAUCGCCGUCGGUGUCGCGAGGGGGCUCCGCUACCUCCACGAGGAGUGCCAGCACAAGAUCGUGCACUACGACAUCAAGCCCGGCAACGUCCUGCUCGACGGCGGCCUGACGCCCAAGGUGGCCGACUUCGGGCUGGCGCGGCUGGCGAGCCGCGGCGACACGCACGUCUCGGUGUCCGGCAUGCGCGGCACCCCGGGCUACGCCGCGCCGGAGAUGUGGAUGCAGGCGGGCGUGACCGAGAAGUGCGACGUGUACAGCUUCGGCGUGCUCCUGUUCGAGAUUGUCCGCCGGCGGCGGAACCUCGACGACGGCGGCGCGCCGGGGAGCCAGCAGCAGUGGUUCCCGAUGCUGGCGUGGAGCAAGCACGAGGCCGGACACCUCGCCGAGGCCAUCGAGGGCUGCGACGCCAUGGACAAGCAGGAGAGGGAGACGGUGGAGAGGAUGUGCAAGGUGGCGUUCUGGUGCGUGCAGCAGCAGCCGGAGGCGAGGCCGCCGAUGAGCGCCGUGGUGAGGAUGCUGGAAGGGGAGGUGGACAUCGACGCGCCGCCGGUGAACCCGUUCCAGCAUUUGGUCGCGUCGCCGGCGGCUGCGCUUAGGUGGACAAGCACUACAGAUUCAGCUGAAAGUGAUAACUCAUUGAGAUCAGGGUCUCGUCAGUCUGCAGAGGUGAUCAUUCCAAUUGGAUCAUUACAUUGUUAAGAGCAGGUACAAUAGCAGGCUAUAAUUCAGCUAUAAACAUAUUUUAAAUAGAUAAAGGAAGAGUGAGAAGAGCAGUGGGUUACAGAUCUGUAGCCAGCUGCAGCACGAACUCUAAGACGUAAUGUGUGUAUGACAGGUAGGACUGGGUAUUAAUAGUAUAGUAAGCAACUAUUGUAUGAAUUGGCUAUUACAUUAGCUGUAGAUGAUUUGGAGUUAGUAAUUGGCUAUACUAUUAAACUUGCUCUAAUCAAAUACCAUUACGGUGAUAGCACAGAAUGUGACACAUCCUAAUUUUAUAAAUCUGGACAGACGUCUAUCCAAAAUAAAUUAAUCUCAGAUUAAUUAACUUAUUCUGAGGAAGUAGUAUGUGGCAAAAGAUAUGGGUGGAGUUUGGAGCUCGUAGAGUGGAGUGGUCGUUGGUUUGAAGCAAGUUGGAGAGGAGAUGAUGAAUGUUAGGCAUUGCGCAACACCAUAAAGUUGUUUGGAUUGACAUUACCUCUGUAUUAGCGCUUCUCUUAAUUUGGAUGUUUCCUGGAAGUUACAGUUGCACAACUGUUAGUUUUUGUUGA